AUGGUGCUGUUCUUCACGUCCAAUGCGGUUUCACCGCCAGUGACUAUCUACAUGGGACGGGAUAAGGUCGAGAACGAGGAUCUGAUCAAGUACGGCCUGCCCACUGAUGUUUGGUUCCACGUAGACAAGUUGUCUUCGGCGCACGUUUAUUUGCGACAGAGCGAGGACGAGCCGCACGGGGCCUGGAAUGCGCUCCCGGCCGCGCUGGUGAAUGACGCUGCGCAGCUCGUCAAGGCCAACAGUAUCGAGGGCAACAAGAAGGACAACAUUACAAUCAUCUACACGCCGUUCACGAACCUCAAGAAGACGGGUGACAUGGCCGUGGGGCAGGUCUCGUUCCACUCGGACAAGAAGGUCAAGCGCGUCAAGAUCAGCACCCGGGACAAUGUGGUCGUGAACCGGUUGAACAAGACCAAGGUUGAGCGCGAGGUGGACCACGAGUCGGAGCGGCAGGAGCGCCUGCGCGUUGAGGGACGGAAGAAGAAGGCUGAGGCGAUUAGCCGGCAACAAGAAGAGACCGAGCAGAAACGCCAGUGGGCGGCAGACAAGGCCGCGCGCUCCUACGAUGGCAUGUUCUCCGAGGAGGCCAUCGAUGGGGCCAAGGAAGGCUGGAGCGACGACGACUUUAUGUAA